AUGGACGUCAUGAUGACCGUAGAUGCCAAUCAUAAGAACAUCAAACAGGAUCCAGAGGCCAUUAGUCACGAUGGACGACUUCCUGUGUCUCCAGAACAGUCUUCGGCUUCCGAUGACACGGAUUCUCCGCGACGGGCAAACGUGAAAUUUGAAGUGAAAGACAACGACAAAGAAAACUUUGACGACGAGCCUCCUCUCUCUCAACAGUCCAUUGGAUUCAGUCAAACAGAUGAAACCAUCAGAAGACUGCAUCGAGAUGGUGAAAUUAACAAUGUUGUGGGUUCGCAAUCGCUCCUAUCUCAAGAACUCUCCGCGUAUCGGCAUACCGGUACAGAGGAAAAUGACAAUGGAUCAGCCGAAGAGGAAGAAGAUCUUGAGGCCAUUCAUUCUUCUCAAGUUUCACAUGAAACUGGCCCUUCCAUGGCGAAACGUCUUGGUCUCUUGUCUCAGGAUUCCACCAGCGACAAGGAGGAAGAGGAGGAGGGGAAGAAACCUAUUGUUGUCAAGAAGCAACAGGGGAAAAAAGAGGCGCCUAAAGUGCACCCUCUGCUCCAACAAGACGAUCCCGAUGAUGAAGAAGAAGAAGACUACGAGUCUGAACAAGAGGAAGAGCAAAAAUCUGCAGCUCCACUGACCCCACUUUCUCGAGCUCCUUCCAACCGACUCUCGACACUACGAGACACCCCCAUUCGCCAAAGUCAAGUGUUUGGUUCUCUCCUCGACGCUGUCCAAAAACUCACGGAGCAAGAAGAAGUCGAUGGUGUGUUUUCGCAUGCGGCAGCCCAAGAACAGCUACAACAGCAAGAGCCCUUGCUGCCCCCACCCCUUCCUUCGUCUCCACGCAAACGCAAGUCCUCGCCUGCGGUGGAAGUCAAGGGCACCAAGGCUGCCAACAAGCGCAAAAAGAAAAUGCAACAAGAGCAAGAGGCUCAAGAACGAGCUAAACGUGCUGCUGGGUUGGCGGAACAAACAGUGUCCAAUCCAGAAAUGGCCAAGCGUUUACUUUUGAGUAUGGCAUUGGUAAGAGAGAAUCCUCGGUCGUCUCCUGAAACUUGGCCUUCACGAGGAAGUGUGGUCCAAGAGGGCUUCUUUUGGGCGCAUUAUCCGCCAUUGGAAGCUGUCCUCAAAGAAAAGAUGGAAAAAUAUUACGAACUCUCCACCACCAAGUGCCAGUCGGCCCACCAACAAAUCUUCAAUAACGGAUUGGUGGUCUUGGUCAAGGAAGCUGCCAAGGAACAAGGCUGGAGCUUUGAUACUUGCUUUUCGGACAAGUCGCUCCGCGAUCGCAUUCGUUGCUACUACAAGACGCAUAUUCAAAAUGCCAAGAAACGUCUCAAGACCAUGAUUCGGAAUCCAACCAAGCGUGCCAAUGCCAAGCACUUGUGUGAGCAUUUGGAUCUUAUCGAACAACACAAGAACGAAAAGAAGCAAAUGGAAAAGAACAAGCAGGGAGGCGGACUAAGUGACGAUGAUACGGCCACCAUGAGUGACGAACCUGAGAGUCCUGACACUCCCAAUCGUUCUCGACGAGGACGAAUUAGAUCACGCGUCAAGCGAUAG